UCGCGCUUUCCGUAUGUUUUCAAGACGCUUGUCAUGUGAAUCCAGGGCUUGUCAAAACGUUUAGCGAAAAUUGACUUUAUCAAAUGACCAUAUUUUAUUUUCGAUUACAAUAAAUAGUCAAAAUGCUCUCCCGGUUAUUAAAAGAGCACCAAGCGAAACAAAACGAAAGGAAAGAGUUACAAGAAAGACGAAGACGAGAGGCCAUAGCAGCUGCAACAUGCUUAACAGAAGCCCUGGUGGACCAUCUUAAUGUAGGGGUGGCACAGGCGUACGUCAACCAGCGCAAACUGGACCAUGAGGUGAAGACGCUGCAGGUUCAGGCCAGUCAGUUUGCCAAGCAGACGGCGCAGUGGAUCAACAUGGUGGAGAACUUCAACCAAGCCUUAAAAGAAAUCGGAGAUGUGGAGAACUGGGCACGAAGUAUCGAGAUGGACAUGCGCACGAUCGCCACAGCUCUUGAGUAUGUGCACAAAGGCCCGGUUCAGCCUGCGUCUUCAUGAGCGGACGGACUCUGAAACGCUUGCGUUUUUCUUCUACUAGUUGGUGAAACUUGGACACUUGUUUUUUGAGACAUCUGUGUCUCGUUUAUUCCAGUGAAGAGUUGCUGGAACAGCUGUUUGGUUCUUUUCGGUUCAUUUUUAUUUACGUUUUGCAAAAUAAAAACUAUCUAUUGUGCUAUAACUGCU